GGGCACUCCUGGAGGGCCUCUUCGAGCCCUCCGCUCAGCCCUCCCGGGCCGUCUUGGAGGCCUCUGGGCCACGCACUGAAAUUUAGUUUGGGCUCUCUAGCAAGUCUGGUCCAAUCCAUAUUCCGCCGCACAAUUUGUAACUGCAAUGUGCUCCCGACGCCAUCGUCAUGAGUAAGAAUGCUGCUUGGUGGUGUUUUUGCGCCGGCUCGUUCUCCUGCUUCCUGACCGGAUUUCUGUACACAUUCGGCGCGUGGAGCCCAGCGGUGAAGCAUGCUUACCAGUAUUCGCAGAGCGAGCUGGAGGGCUUAGCACUGGCCAAAGAUGUUGGCAGCUUUCUCUGCAUGGAUGUCGGCUGGAUAAACGCUCGCUUCGGACCGCAUGUGACCAUGGCUCUGGGCUGCCUCGCAAUAGCAGUCAGCUGCAGUUGCAUCGGGGCGGCAGCAGUCACCGGCGAUUUCCCAUACACACUUAUGCUUAUGUUGUUUUGGAUCUGGGGGCAUGGGAUGUCAGCUUGUGACAAUAGUGGCAUUUCUACAGCUAUUACGAAUUUUCCUCGCCACAAGGGCACUGCAUGCGGACUGAUGAAAGCAAUGGAAGGGAUUACCGCAGCAGUGAUGAACACAAUAUUCUACACGUUCAGCGACAAGGACCACCUCGAGUAUUACCCGAUGUUUCUUGCAAGCACGGGGCUUUCAUUCGGAGUUCUCCUUGUGCCAGUUAUGUACAAGACGAACCAGCCUGCCCUAGAAUCAGACAUAGUUAUUGAGAAGAAGUUCUCAUGUUUGACCGUCGCACUACUAUGUUACAUCGUAUUUUCUGGCAUCAUCGGUUAUUUCAAGUACUACAACUAUGUGACCCUGGCCACGGCUGCCUUGUGCCUGUGCAGCCUUUUUCUCAUAACACUGCCAAUGACACCUGUCGGAACAGAUGAUGCCGAUGAGGCAUCUGCAGGAUCUGUUCGGGCACCUCAUACUUUCAGUGGUGUCGACAUGCUGGUGUCAAGUAUGCUGAAGACGUUGGACUUCUGGGUAUUGUUCGUCACAUGCGUACUCUUGGUUGGUGCUCAGAUCAUGUUCUCGAACAACCUUGCACAACUUACGACAUCGCUUAAUCAAGACGUAUCUGCCGACAGUGCAGUGUACGUCACCUUGUUUUCAGUUUUCAGUGCAUUCGGCCGGGUGUUGGUGGGCUUUGGAUCCGAAGUUAUGAAAGAAACAGUUUACAGGCCGUGGUGGGUAUGCGUGAGUUCCAUCGCAAGUUGCUUGAGUUGUCUCUUUGUCCUUUUGGGCAAAGACUUCUUGGCGCCUGCAUCUGCGUGCAUGGGUUUCGGGGUUGGUUCGAUAUUUGCAUUGACGGCAGUCGUUGUGGGAGAGCUGUUCGGCCCCUCGCAGAUUGCCGUGAAAUAUAGCUGCAUAUUUGCCGCAUGCUUGUUUGGUUCGGUAUUGUUCGGCUCUCUGCUGGCACCUCUUGUGUACGAUGCAGAAGCGCACGUGCAAGGCACAGAUGUGUGCCUAGGCGAAGGGUGCUUUCGCACCACGUUCAUUGCAACAGCAUUAUCAAGCUUGCUGUCGCUUCUGACUGCAUCCUUCGUAGCUCUUCGUUCACGUUGCCUGUAUUCGCGAUUGCACCAGUCGCCAAACUCGGUAAGCAGUGACGCCCCGUCGACUUCUUUAAUGGAAGUGAGACAAAAUUAUGGCAGUCUCCAAGCAUCAUGACGUUGGAAUCAGGGCGCAGUUUCGAAAAUCUUUCA